CCCUGCAGUUGCUGAACACCUUAUGUCUGAAUGCGUUAGUAUGUAAUAAGUCUGGCAUUUUAAGGGUUUAAGCAAGAUUUCCAGGACUGGUCUGUGAUCUGAAGACUCAAGCUUCAAGAUUUGAUGAUGGUGACCACGUGUUUGCCGAUCAGAACAUCUAUCAGCUUCUUGCUGGUGGUCUUCCUCAUGCAAAGUCAGACUUGGGCUUUCAUGCCUUUUUUCUCAUCCUCCAUGACUCAUAAAGAAAUAACUCGAGUCGCAAUUUUAAAUACAACAGUACAGCUCUGCAGAUCACAAGCACUCAGUCAGGGAAGAGAUUUUGUGAUGCCAAAAACCCUGACAGAAGAGUCAGUGGCAGCAGCUUGCUCCUCAUCUGCUUCAGCCAAAGCUUUCAAAGGGAGCGUUGACAAAAUUACUGAUAAUAAUGCUGCGGUGGACUUACCAUGGUAUCACUUCUUUAAUCCUAUUUACCACUUUGAUGACGAGACCUUUUUGCAUGGACGGGAGCUCAUCACUUCAGGAGUGAGUAUUGUCAAGGCUAGUGUGAAGGAACAGAGCUAUGAAGCUGCCAGAGCGAAGCUGGGUGAAGUCCUGCACACUUUACAGGAUUUCUACAGUCACAGCAAUUGGAUAGAGCUGGGAAACGACACUCCUUAUCCCAACCUGAUCAAACCCAGCAGCUCAAUUGAGAACAUUGCCGAUUCAGAAACAUGCAGGAGUUGUGAUGGUAGUAACUGCAAAGGAAACAUUUUGGAGGAAGUCCUUAGGCAGAAGAAACUGACCUCAGGAUACUUCAACACCUUCAGUUUUAAGAAACCUAAAGGAAAGUGCAGCCAUGGAGGACUCCUCGAUUUGACGAGUUAUACAGAGCCUAAAGGUGGUAUCAAUAAGGACACAUUAAGCUCCAGCCAUGGUGACCAACAUAUGGAUGCGGUGAAGGUAGCCAUUGCUGCUACCAGAGAGCUUCUGGAGGACAUCAGGGCAGCGGUUGGAGAUUCACAGUUUCUUAGAUUGAUGGGAUUGACCCAGACUUCAGUUCUGUGUUUCGUUAUCGACACAACCGGCAGCAUGUCUGAUGACAUUGCUGAGGUCAGGAGAGUUACUUCAUCCAUCAUCAACAGUAAGACAGGCAGUGCAAAUCAACCCUCAGAAUACAUCCUGGUGCCAUUUAAUGACCCUGACUAUGGGCCUCUGACAAGAACAACUGAUCCUGAUGUGUUUAAGAGUAAAAUUAAUGCACUUACAGCUGAUGGUGGAGGAGAUAUUCCAGAAAUGUGCCUCUCAGGUCUCCAGCUGGCCCUCACUGGCUCACCACCACAGACUGAGAUUUUUGUUUUCACGGAUGCUGAUGCGAAGGAUUUAUGGUUGAAGAGCACUGUGCUGGCACUGAUUGAGAGAACGAAGUCUUCAGUGAGCUUCCUGCUGACUAAUGCUCUUGGUGCCCGGCGCCGCCGGAGCAGUGGUGGGCAACAAGAUGGCCAACAGCAAUUCGCCAGUCGACUCUCCAACCCAUUAAAUGAGGUCUACCAGGAUCUGGCUCAGGCCUCUGGGGGUCAAGCCAUUGAGGUCACUAAAGCAACACUGCCCCAGGCCACCAGCAUCAUAGUGGACACCUCCAGCUCCUCUCUGGUCACUGUUUUCCAGGCUGUACGAAACCCAGCAAAAGCAGAAAACUUCUCAUUCUUUGUGGACUCCACUUUGCAAAACCUGACUAUUUACAUCACAGGCAACUCUCCAUACUACACCAUCACUAGUCCUUCAGGAGGCUCACAGACCAGCUCCCAACCAAGUGGGGCUUUGGGGCUUAUUGAGAAGGUUGGUAACUUCCACACGCUGCAUCCAAAUGUCUCAGCCCAGACAGGACUGUGGCUCAUCAGCAUUAACUCAGUGCAGCCCUACACCGUCAAAGUUCUUGGUCAAAGUGGGGUUGACUUCCUGUUCAACUUCAUAGAACUUUCUGACUGGCCUCAUCCUAACUACGCUGUGUUGAACAGCAGGCCCACAGCUAACAGCAAUAUCACUCUGCUGGUCUCCAUGGUGGGUGGGGACAGUGUGAGGCUUACAGAAGUAGCUCUGGUUGAGGCAUCAAGUUCCAACUCUUAUAAUGGGACUCUGCAAGAGGUUGCAAGUGACCAAUACAUGGUGACAAUCAGCAGCAUUCCAGCAGGAGAGUUUGUUGUCCGUGUAGUUGGAGAGAGCAGCUCGUCUAAGGCUUCAAACGGCCUCUUUCAGAGACAGUCCUCAACUCAGCUCCAAGCAUCAAGUGUGACAGUCACAACUCAAGCUAAUGGAACACUGGAACCAGGAAAAAACUUCACUCUGCCCUUCACAGUGGCAACCAAUGGCUCUGGAGGAGUCUUUAAUAUCAGAGUCAGUAAUGACCGCAGUUUCGUAAUGACCAACGUUUCCUCAUCCCUGACUCUUGUGCGUGGGGGCAGUGCAAAUGGCACAGUAACUCUGGCUGUUCCUGGAAGCACCCCCUCAGGAAGUGACGUCACUCUGACUAUCGAAGCUGAAGCCCCUGGAGGAGCUGAUUCCAACUACGCAGUGUUGCGGCUUUCUGUUGUUGCUCCGGUAACAGACAUUACUCCUCCAGUAUGUGAGAUAAUUAGCGUCAACGCUAACUGCUCAAGUAACUGCAGCCUCUCCUCCUGGGACCUCUCUGCUAACAUGACUGAUGGAAACGGAUCAGGCAUCCAAAGUAUGCCCGUACGCCAAGGAAACGGCACCCUCAACACCAGCACUGUGCUAGACAGAGGAGUGAACGUCACUCUGGCAUUCUACAGUGCAUCCUGCUGUGCCUCACAGGUGGAACUGGUGGUGGUGGAUGCAGUGGGAAAUGUUGGCACUUGCUUCAGAUCAUUGAAUGCUACAGUUCCACAAAGCACAAGUGCUACAUCUACUGAACCCGUAACCAACGCCACCACACCUGCAACUACCGCUACCUCUGCUUCCACCAUCCAAACCAGUACCAAUAGUGCCAAUGGCCAUCUGUUUCUGCCAGUCCUCUUUUGGCUAACUGUGGGAACCACCUCACUUUAUCAGUACAUGCAGCUGUAAAGCCUGGAUACUCCUGAAAUUUUCCUACCAUCAACAUAUUUAGACUCAGGGUGUGUUACCAGUGCAGCAGUACUGUUUUUAUGCAGUGUGAGGA